UCAGCAUGGGGAACACCAGCAGUGAGCGAGCUGGGCUGGAGCGCCAUGGGCACAAGGCCCCUCGAGGUGACAGCUCGGGAGGAGCCAUCAGCAAAGAGGGUGAUAGACCAAAGAUCCUAAUGGACAGCCCGGAAGAUGCAGACUUGUUCCAUGCAGAGGAGAUGAAGGCUCCGUUGGAGAAAGAAGAAUUCCUGGCUUGGCAACAAGAUCUGGAGGUGAAUGAUAAAACCCCUACUCAGGCUCGACCAACAGUCUUUCGCUGGACUGGAGGAGGGAAAGAAGUUUAUUUGUCUGGAUCCUUCAACAACUGGAGUAAAAUCCCUCUGACAAGGAGUCACAAUAACUUUGUGGCAAUCCUGGACCUGCCAGAAGGGGAGCACCAAUACAAGUUCUUUGUGGAUGGGCAGUGGACACACGAUCCUUCAGAGCCAGUAGUAACCAGCCAGCUAGGUACCGUCAACAACAUCAUACAGGUGAAGAAAACUGACUUCGAGGUGUUUGAUGCUUUGAUGGUGGACUCCCAAAAAUGUUCAGACAUGUCUGAGCUGUCGAGUUCACCCCCGGGGCCGUACCACCAGGAGCCCUACGUCUGUAAGGCAGAGGAGCGCUUCAAAUCCCCACCUAUCCUUCCUCCCCACCUGCUGCAGGUCAUCCUCAACAAGGACACGGGCAUCUCGUGUGACCCUGCUCUGCUCCCUGAGCCCAACCACGUCAUGCUGAACCACCUCUACGCGCUCUCCAUCAAGGAUGGAGUGAUGGUGCUCAGUGCCACGCAUCGCUACAAGAAGAAGUACGUGACUACUUUGCUGUACAAGCCAAUCUGAACACCACAGCAGAUGGAGACCAAGUCUUCUGGACCAGAAAAGAAUUCCUCUCUUUACCAAAUGUACUUCUGCUCUGUGCUGUAGCAAACGAACUCUGAUUUCAUAUUGUUUCUGAGACUUCCAAGUUCUCCU